GUUCUUAAAAUUAAUUUUUAGUGGAUAAUUAUGUUGUUGGCUUGUAAAUUAGUGUUAAUUAUUUUUAGUGUGCUUUUUAUAGUUUUUAUACCUUUUUCAAAGCAGUCCAUUUUACAAUCUUCAAAAUUAGAUAAGCUCUCAUCAGAAAUAUGGUGCAGAGAUAAAGAUGGCGGAGGUUUUAAUGAAUCAAUUAAACAUUUUUCUAUAGACAUUGAUGAAACGGACAUAGUUUGUAACUAUGAUCCAGCUAAGGUGGGGUAUGAAGUUUGUAUGGAGAAAUUAAAUGAUUUGGCUUGUAAAUCAGAUACAAUACGAAAGAAUGUUACAAUUCGAAGUUCAGCUUGCCAACUACAGCCAAAUCGGAAAAAAUUUGUAAAUAAGAAGUUAAAAGAUGGUAUAAUAAACGAUCGUUUUGAAGUGGAAAUUAAUGAUAAAAUUUACAUAACGAAUCCCCAACUAUCGAAAAAAUUGAGUACAGAUGUUUUCACCGAAAUAUAUGGAAAAAUGUAUGCAGAAAAAAUGCUUAGCGAAGUAAGCAGUUAUAAUAAAAAUAUUGAAGAAGAUCUUAUAUGGUAUGCCACCUUUUUUAAUAAGAUGCAAUCAAACGACGAUUUCAGAUUGAAUGUUAAUACAAUUAAGACAGUUUUAAAUUUAUACUUCCUUGUAAAGAAAUCAAUGCAAUUGAAAAAUUAUCUAUAUCUUAACUCUCAAGAUAAGUCUAAUAUCGAAUAUCUAGAGCGUCAACUCCAAUCAGAUACCAAACAACUUAUAAAAGAAAAGUUAAAAGAUGAUUUAAUGAAAGAUCGUUUUGAAAUGUCCAGUGAAAUUACUGAAAAAAUUUACUUAACAAGCCCCCAACUGUUGAAAGUCAUAAUUACAGAGGUUAUCAACGAUGUUUAUGGAAAAAUGGACACAGAAAAAAUCCUGAACAUCGUCAGCAGUUACAAUAAAAAUAUCGAAGAGGAUAUUGCAUGGUAUACCACCAUAUAUGAUAAGAUGAAAUCAAAUAAUGAUUUAAGAUUGAAUGAUAAUAAAUUUGGGGCAGUUUUAAAAUUAUAUUCCCUUGUUAAGACAACAAUACAAUUAGAGAAUUAUCCAUAUGUAAUAUCUCAGGAUAAGUUCGACAUAGAACAUUUAGAGCUUCAACUCCAGUCGGAUAUUAAAAAGCUUGUCAAAGAUAAAUUCAUGGAUGGUAUAAUAAACGAUCAUUUUGAAAUUGCUUGUGUAAUUGCUGACAAAAUUUACAUAAUAUGCCCUCAACUAUCCAAAAUCAUUAUUAAAGAGGUUAUUAAUGAUAUUUAUGGGAUAAUAGAUACCGAGAAAAUUCUUUUGCUCGUUAGCAGUUAUAGUAAAAAUAUUGAGGAAGAUAUCGCAUGGUAUUCUUUUAUCUUUGAAAAGAUGAAAUCAAGCGGCGAUUUGAGAUUGAAUGAUAAUACAAUUGAUCCAGUUUUAAAAUUAUUUGUCUUAGUAAAAGAAACGAUGAAUUAUCCGAACUAUGCCAAAAUUGAAUCUACGGAUAAAUAUAUUCUUAUAAGUCUAAGGGACCAACUUAAAGCCGAUAUAAUAAGUUUUGCAAAAGAAAAACUAAAAGAGGGUAUACUAAAUGAUAAUUUUGAGACAGCAAGUGAAAUCUCGGAUAAAAUUUAUAUAUCUCAAAGUGAUUUGUCUAAAGAAAUAAUUAAAGAAGUAGUGAACGAAGUUUAUGGAAUAGUAGAAACCGACAAAAUACUUGAUCUUAUACUCAAUCACAUUGAACAAACAAUGGAGUUUGAUUCGUAUGAAAAAGUUGAUUAUCACGAUAAAUCUACCCUUCAAAAUUUAAAACGUGAACUUAUCACAACAACUGGAAUACCAUCACCUCAAGGCGGAGGACACGGUCAACCACAAGCGGGCUCCCCAAGUACUCCUGGGCCAGGUGGAUCCAAAAUACCAGGACACAAAGGUCCAGGAGGUGGAGUGGGUGGUGUAAGACGUACACGUUCUGGAUAUAGAGAGUGGAAACGAGGAGAUCCUACUAUCUUUAACGCAUUGUGGAAGAGUAAAACGCCUUUGGGUAUAAGAAAACAACUAGGGAACGCUGAAGUCUACAUAAUGCUUGCAUUGGCGAUCGGUCUUGUAACAGUAGUAAUAGGAUGUUGGUUGUCUGAUAAUUGUUGGUCUCCAGAACCAGAACAUGUUGUAACGGUCGCCUGACCCACGCGGACACCAAGUCCCCCACCAACAACAAGUAUCAUUUUACGAGAUGAUUUGCUCGAUGAACUUACAUUGCAACCGUUUAAUGGGGGACCCAACUUAUUAUCAACAACAACACAGUUAAUUAGUGGUUCGGUAUCACCGACUGGUUCAUUAUCGUCAGAAGAAUCAUCUUCUUGGCCAGUUGAUACAUCUGACGUGGAUUCAAUGAACUUGUGACCAGAGU